AUGGCGCUGUCGCAGGGCCGUCGCAAGUGGCUGCGCCGCGGCGUGCGUGUCGCGGCUGUGGCGACGGGCGUCAUAGGGGGGGUCUACUUGCUUGCCCAGUUUGCACUCGCCAAGUUCAAUGAUAUGCAGGAGCGUUUCCUGCGUGAUCGCGUUGCGCGCGAGAACUUGCGCCGCCGUUUCCUGCAGAACCAGGAAGACUGCAGCUUUACGAUCAUGGCCCUUUUGCCGACGCUCUCGUCGCAGAUAUUUGAGGCCAUGGAUGUCGAGUCGAUCAGCCAGGCGCUGCUUGCGCAGAACCGGCGACACAAGAGCCUGGGCGACGUAGCCAGCGCACCGCCUGCCGACGGCGCACGUACUGAGGAGAGCUCGCGCGACGAGGAUCCUGCUCCGCAGAAUACGUCGGCGAGCGAAGCGCCAGCAUCCCUCGAGGUCGUGUCUGAGCCAGCGCCUGCGCCGCCUGCGCCGACGGCCAAGCUGCCUGCGGCGCCGACGGAGGCUGCGCCGACGCCCGAGUCGGAAGAGGAGCGUCGCGCAACCAAGCUGCGUCUCUGGGACGGCAUCAAGCAUACCUCAUUUGAGCGCACACUCACGUCGCUGUACACGCUCGUGUUCCUUUCGCUGCAGACCUAUAUCCAGCUCAAUAUGCUCGGCCGCCGAGCCUACUUGGCCGCGCUGGAGAACCAGGCGAAACGCGACGCACUUUUGCGCACACAAAAAGGCGCUUUAGCAAGCCAGGAGCCGCACCAGAUUGCGCUGCAUGGAGAUGGCCGCGAUGUGGCGCUGGACGUCGAGGCGCUGGACGACCUGAACCUGGCCGAAGGGCGCCUAUCCCAGGACACGGAGAAAAAAUACCUCACAUCAAGCUACUGGUUCCUGCACCAUGGCUGGAAGACGGUGGCGGACCGAGUGCGCCAGGCGGUGCGCGCCGAGCUGGGCGAUAUGCCGGUCAAGACGCCCCUUACGUACGCGCACAUGGAAGCUCUCGUGGGGCGCCUGCGUGCGCACCUCGAGAGUGAUGCAUCAGACACGUCGGUCGUAUGGCUCUCAAAUGAUGGCUUCCGUAACAUCCUGCUGCCCGAGACGGAGGCCGACGAGGUGCGCAUGCUGCGUGAGGCGGGGGCCCUUGCGGCCAACGAGGACGAGCAGGAAGCUCUCACGCCGCAGCUGCGCACCCUCCUGGACGAGACAAAGGACUACAUUGACUCGCCUGACUUUGCGCAGGUAUUCCAGAGCUCCUGUGAGCAUGUCUUUUCGCUGUUCCUGCAAAAGCUUGGCACGGGCUUUGAAGCGCCGGGUACGGAUCCGCAGCGCGCGGACAAAACGCUGCUUCUCGCCAAAGUGCUUCCGCUCGUCUCGCAGCAGGCCAAGGUUGCGCUCACAUCGACGCCGAACAACUAUGUGGAUGCUAUUGUCGAGGGGCGCGACCUGCGUGCGCUCAGCGUGCUCAUUUACGCGGCGUGGGACGACGAGCUCGGUAGCGAUUGGUAG